AUGGUGUAUAAUUUGGCGUUGUGUGGUACGCUAUGGUAUAACAUGGUAAGAUGUGUUCUAAUAUGGAUGAACUAUUUGGUUUCUGCUAUGUGGAUCAGCCCCCAAAUCUCAAAUGAUUAUAAUAUUCUGUGCCACAACGGCUGCAACAUCGCAAUAGACUCGAUCAACGCAACAUACGAAAAGCGCAAAAAAAUUUGGUUUUUGAACAGAGAGCAUUUGAACCAGCCAGUAACUCAGGAAGAUGAAUCAAACGACAGCGACGCAACCAGCCAGCCAAUAUUUCAACACACGUCAACUUCAACAUCUACUCCAAAGCCAAUACCCGGAAUAAAAUUGCCCAAAUCAUCAACUCAGUGGUCUGAGGCCAACCCAUUCUUUCAGCUGGAAUUUAGAUGUCUAGACGCUAUCACAGAUAUCGACAGUUUCGCUAACGGGUUCCAAGAGGCAAUCUAUUCAUAUUUUGCUGCCAACUGUGGCACUUUAAAAAUGAAAUCAAAACCUGUUGAGCACAUAAAUCGUGAUAUUAGGCGUUUAAAAACAAAAUUGAGAAAUUUAAAAUCGUUGGCUCAGAUCGACACUCAAUUCAACAAUGAAAUACGUAUGCUGAGCAAACAGAUUAGAGCAAUACUAAAAACCAAUAAAAUACUAAAAAAUGAUAACAACAACAUUUCUUCUCAACUGAAGAAAAACUUUUGGAAAACAUGUAAAAACAUCUUUUCAAACUCAACUUCGCAGUCUCCACACCUCAGCAUCGAAGCUGCCACCAAUUUCUUCAAAAACACCUUGAACGCUGGCGAUCGCACAACGUUUCGCAUUCCUAAUUGUAUUAAUUCACUUCCUGCUCCUUCAUUCCAAAGUAAUUUGGAUCCGCCAUCUUAUAAAGAAAUUACAACAGUUAUUCGUAGAAGUAAAGCAAAUGCAUCUCCAUGUCCACUGGACCAAAUCUCAAUUAUUGCCCUCAGCCCAAUAAUAGGGACGUAUCUACAUAAAUUAUUAUCGUAUGACAUUUACUGUGACAGGAACAAGCUAUGA